AUGAAGAACCUGGAACAAUCAAAUCAAAGGGACUUCGACGUCGUCGGACCAAGAGCGCCUGCCGCCCUGUCCUUCCAUCAUUCUGGUUCACGUGGAGGGAAACUAGAAGAGCAGCAACGUGGUUGCGCUCCACUGCAGCACUACGAGUUUCACGGCGCUUCACGAACUCCACGGCUACGAGCUUCCUUCUCCCUGCCUGCGACGCUGCUGCGCGGCGAAGACGGCUACAUCAAAGUCAUCAACAUGGGCUCGGAGACCAUCAUGUGGCCGCCGGGCGAGAUCCUGCCGAGGGCCAACAGCUGCGAGGAGCCACAGCCAAACAGCCAGGAUGGCCGAAUGUAACGGACGUGACGUCAGCUGUCAUGCCCUGCCGCCAGCCAAGCCGCCAAGCCAUAUUAACACGCCCCCUUCCGCCACCGCCGCCGCCGCCAGCCAAAGCCAACGAAGGGGGGAUAGUGUUAAUAAAACAAGCCAUGCCAGCCAUUUCUACCUGCUUUCUGCAUUCUUGCACAAAUAAAAGAACUUGUCGUUA